CGCCCUUGCAUCUUGCUGUCAAUUUUUUGUGGUGAACGUCGUCGGUCAAACACUAUGCUCGCCCAUUUCCGGCGUGCCCCACGUGCCGGCGUGCAUAUCAGGUUCCCCCAAAUGACGCAUAACAUUGAGGCUCGAAUUCACAAUCGAGUUGCGCAAGAAAUUACUGUGAUUCUGAUCUGCAGCAAAUAAAAAUGGCCUACAACAUUGGCGGUUUCGGUUAUUACCCGGAAAACAUAGUACGCUUGAAACUCAACUAUUUCCCUCCUCCCAACUCUCUACAUCCCUAUUCCGUAGGUAUAGACACAGCGUCUGAACCUUUAUGACACCGACAUCACUUGCCGUAUGAUGUACUGUAAAUUCGUUGUUAUCCCCUUCACUACUCCGUCUUUAAUUGUUCAUUCUGGCUUGUGACUUGAAUGUCGUUUGUAUCGCAAGUGGCAUGCCUCUGUAAGUUAACAACGUCGGACUGCCAGUUUCGCGUUCGUUAUAUAAGAGAGACCUCUUUGAGUUGUUAUGUGUGCUUCUGCUUGCUAAUAUAAUUUUUUUUCCCAAUCUUAUUUGUUCGUUUGAGUAAAUAUGUGCCUCACUGUUAAACAUUUGCAAGAUCAGUUGGACUAGGCACCGGCUUGAGGUGUGCUUCACUUGGUAUACGAGGAAACGUGUGUAAGUUUGUGGCUUUUACCGAGUAUGGUGGAACGGUUUCCUGCUUCUUGGAGUUCAAAUUGUAGACUGUUGUUCGAUUUCACGAAAACUAUUUUCCUUUGUCAAUAUAACUAUUUUUGUCAAGUGAACUAAGGCUGAGGAAUAUCGACCGUCGGCUUACUAGUAAUUUUUUUCGUAUUUAUACAGUGGCAUAACAAUGUAUUUGCAAAGCCUUCCUUCCAAAUAUACUCUUGUUAUUGCAAUAAGCAGAUGGGAAUUGCCUAUUUUUCCUAAGUGCAGUUUGUAAGGGGAAAUUGGCACAUGGGUUUGAUCCAAGGCAAAAAAUUAUUCUACUAAUGAAACCAUGAUUUCAAUUCACAAACGUCACAUGUUCUGUUAUUGGCUCACGUUCACCGCUUCACCACUGCAUUGUCAUCUUGCCCCUUUCGUUAUUUGCUUGUGAUCUGUACACUUUCCUCAGUUAUGACUAUUGAGCUGUGCUAAUGCAACACACAAGUUCACCUGCCUGCUUAUAAGAGCUAUUACCUUUUCUACUACUGCACAAUCUUUGUACUUAUUUUUUUAUGAGUUAUUUAGUACCACAAACAUCACACACCAAUGUAGUUGCCAAAUGCACGACAUUAGAUUGUAGAUUCACUUAAGUACAACCCGCACGAUUAUGUCAGUGAAUCCAUUUUAGUGUAAUAGUCUUUUCUCACAAGUUCUGACAACUCUGUUGCUCAACAUGUUUUGCAGAUUUACACGACACAAAAUCCGGACUCCAUGCAGGGCGCAUCAUCGAACCCUAACCUUGAGAAGAAGUCGGAGGGUCGCAAGUGUGCUAGAUGGGAACCUCGAGAGUAGAAGGACUUCAUGUCCGCCGCCGAACACGUCACUGCAGAGGGACAUCCUCGGGGAAAGUGCUUCUCGUUAACCAAGUGGGAGCGUUUACGCGGAUUGUUCAACAAAAAUGCCGGGAAGGACUGGACUAUCACAGAGCUAAAAAACCAUUGGGGUGCUAUGCGCAUAGACCACAAACCACUAUUUGAGUUUCUCCAGUGCACGGGAAUAGCUUGCAGUGUUAGCACUAGGGGCAAAAUAGACGCGCCAAAAUGGUGGUGGAAACAGAAAAUUAAGGAGAACCCUCGGUAUGGAAAGUUCAAGGACAACGACAACACGAAAAUAUACCAUAAAUACAGCCGUUUGUUUGGAGGUAGUUGUGACUCCAUGAAGUAUGCACUGACACCCACGAAGCUGUCUCAACGUGGGUUUGACUUGGGUGCCAACACCGACUCAGAUGAUCCGAAUGACACAUUACCUAUCAAUGUUGAGACUACUGAUUCGAGCGACGGCCCGACACCAGGACGAGUGAGCUCCUUGAUGAAUAUCUCCCAUCGCCGAAGCAAUGAGAAACGUAAGAGAAAACAUGCGAAGGGAAAUUAGAAGAAGUUCUGAGGGAGGUUUCUGAGUCAGUGGAUAACCUCAUUUGCGCAUCGAGGGAGAUGGCCUCGGUGAUUCCCACAAAAGAAGAGGGCCGAAUGACUCUCCACGAGUGCGUAGAUGAUUUGCUUUCGACUGGACUUGUCGAAGCCGGGGAUGAGUUGCACAUCUUCGCGUUGUGGUUCCUAAGGAAUUUUGGCAACCGUGUUGCGUACAGUACUGCUAAAACUUCGGAAUUGAGGUACAAGUGGAUCGCGUAUUGCUUCGAACGCGAUAAAAUGCCAGGUUUUGAGAGCCGGUAAUCGUGCUUCCAUUGUAUGUGUCAUAUGUAUGGAUUCGCUUCUACGCUUUGCUAUUGUAGUUUUCGACCGUACGACUUGUAGUAAUAAUAUUUUGUUGUUCUAGUUCCUGUAUGCGAGUUUCUCGAACUACGCACUUCGCUACUGAUGUUUUAGUGAUUAAUGUAUUGAAAAUGGUUUAAUGUGACUGGUUUUCAUGCUUUUCC